CCACUAUCACCAUUGACCCAGUGAGCAUUUAACCAGUAUCUAGGGGAGCCACCAUCUUACUCCGUCGAAUAUCUUACCCUUUCUCCGAUGCAAAAUUCCAACUCCGUUUCUCCGGCGUCGAGCAGCGUGACUCGAAUCGAUCGUGCUUUGGAUUCGAAUAUCAUCUCGGAUCCAAGCGUUGCCUUUCAGAACCUCUCGACGGUUCGAGCGAGAAUGAAUUCUCUACAACGCUUUCUAUCUGAAUCUAUCAGCACCAAAGCUUUUGUCAGCGAGGACCAGAUGGAUAUGGUGUCGAACGAAAUCGUCUCCGCUGUCCACCAGAUUAUCGUCAACGGCACCACCCUGGUCUCCUACUCUCAGAAUUUCACGGCCGCCGGCUCGUCAACAGCCUCGGGAGACUUACCGGAGCCGUCAGAUAUGGUAUGUUCGACGAGGCCGGGAUCUGAUCAUUCUGGGACUGAGAAAGAUAAUUUAAAAAUUGAGGUUAUGGACGAUGAAGAAGUGAAGGAUGAUGACGAAAAUUGUGAGAUCGUGGAGCUCGACGCGGUCGAAUUGCUGGCGGAGCACAUUCAUUUCUGUGAAAUCUGCGGGAAAGGAUUCAGGCGUGAUGCGAAUUUGCGAAUGCAUAUGCGAGCACAUGGAAACCAAUUCAAAACCCCCGAAGCGUUGGCGAAGAAACACUCUGAUAAAUCCGACGUCGUUCGUAGCAAAACGGUACGCUUCUCUUGCCCAUUCGAAAGUUGCAAUCGGAACAAGAUGCACAAAAAAUUCCGGCCUCUGAAAUCGAUCAUUUGCGUGAAGAACCACUUCAAAAGAAGCCAUUGUCCGAAAAUGUAUUCCUGCAAUCGGUGCCACAAGAAGAAUUUCUCAGUGCUUUCGGAUUUAAAGAGCCAUUUGAAGCACUGUGGGGAAUCAUCAAAGUGGAAGUGCUCCUGUGGGACCACAUUUUCAAGGAAGGAUAAAUUGUUUGGUCACGUAGCUCUGUUUGAUGGGCAUAUGCCAGUUCUUGCCGGGGAUGAAGAAGAGAAAGGGAAGCAAAUGGUAAAGGAGAAUGAUGAAGAUAUGAAUAUGCUGCUAAAGGAAGAACAACCAGGGCUAAAUUAUUUGGAUGAGGAUUUACCAGAAGGAUUCUUUGACGAUUUAGAUGAAUUUAGCAAUUACUCGUUGGAGGAAGCUCUGGGCUUCUCUUAAUACUGCAACUUAUGGACGAAUUCCCUGAAACUUAGUAAAACUGUUGCAGGCAUAUCUCCGGCCAGAGAUAUAUAUAUUUAUAGAUAACCAUGUUUGUGUUCGCUGAUAUUUUCUGCAUUAUUACUUGUAGCAUGGAAAUUGUUGGGCUUGUAAUGUUAGAUUCUGUUUUUUUUCGGUUUCCUUUUUCCUUCUCAAGUUAUGUUGUAUGAUAAAUUGAUAACAACAUUUUAAUAAAACUGAAUGGGUAUUUUCAUUUUUAA